GCCCUGCGGGAUGGCGGGGCCCGGCCGCUGAUGGGGGAUCCCGCUGGGCGCCGGGGGCGGCUCGAGGCGUCCCGAGCUGCCCCGGCGGCAGGGCUCCGGGUGGGGGCUCCGCUAUGGCGGCAGCGCGGCCUGGAAUCUUCCCCCCUUGGACAGGGGGACCCGCCCGGAGGGCUCCGGCCGCGGGGUGUUCGCUUCAGGAAGGGGGAUCCCAUCGCGGCGGGGCGCGGUGCGGCAUGGCAGGCGCGGCGGGCAGUGCCAGCCUGGCCCCCGAGGAGCGGGUGCGGCGGCUGGUGCGGGCGGGCAGCAGCGUGCAGGUCAGCGAGGACGUGCCCCCGCGCCGCUACUUCCGCUCGGGCGUCGAGCUGCUGCGCAUGGCCACGGUCUACUGCCAGGAGGGCAACCUGGAGCACGCCUUCAUCCUCUACCACAAGUACAUCACGCUCUUCAUCGAGAAGCUGCCGCAGCACCGCGACUACAAGAGCGCCGUCAUCCCUGAGAAGAGGGAGACGGUCAGGAAACUGAAGGAAGUAGCCUUUCCCCGAGCCGAAGAGCUCAAGGAGGAGCUGCUAAAGAGGUACGCCCAGGACUAUGCUAAGUACAAGGAGCAGGAGCAGCAGCUGGAGGAGGAGAGGACUCGGGUGGCCCUGAUGAAGCAGCAGCAGGCAGAGCAGGAGCAGUUCCACGCCUUCGAGGAGAUGAUCAGGCAGCAGGAGCUGGAGAAGGAGCGCCUCAGGAUCGUGCAGGAGUUUGGGAAGCCAGAGCCAGAGUCUGUGGAUGGACCCCUCAUCCCUGGCAUAGAAAAGCCCCCAACAGAUUUAACCCCAAAGGUUCCAGUCUCUCCAGUUCACCCAGCAAGUCCAUCAGCGGGGACUGUGCCCUCCAAACCUCCUGUUGUGGACAGAUCUUUGAAGCCCAGUGCUCUGGGGAGCACAGAGAACAGUGCAGGCGUGGACGUGCUGCGGCAGGUCAUUGUCCCCAGGGAGCUGUGCCACAAGUUCCUGCAGCUGGCUGACGCCAACACGGCGCGGGGCGUCGAGACCUGCGGCAUCCUCUGCGGCAGGCUGAUGAGGAACGAGUUCACCAUCACCCACGUCAUCGUCCCCAAGCAGCUGGGGGGCCCCGACUCCUGCACCACCGAGAGCGAGGAGGAGCUCUUUGUCAUCCAGGACCAGCAUGGCCUCGUCACCCUGGGCUGGAUCCACACCCACCCCACCCAGACAGCCUUCCUGUCCAGCGUGGACCUGCACACCCACUGCUCCUACCAGAUGAUGCUGCCCGAGUCCAUCGCCAUCGUGUGCUCCCCCAAGUACCAGGAGACAGGGUUCUUCAGGCUGACGGAGCAUGGCCUGGAGGAGAUCUCAUCCUGCAGGCAGAAGGGGUUCCACCCCCACCCCAAAGACCCCCCUCUGUUCACAACCUGCAGCCACGUGUCAGUGGUGGAGAGGGACGUGGUGCUGCUGGACCUGCGAUAAAUAAUCCUCCUGCCUUGCCCCUCUCGGGAGCACCCACCUUCCUCUAGGCCUAGGGAGUCUUUUCCCCUCCUGCAGCAGAUGAUUUCCACCACGCAGUGAUCCUCCUCCCUCCACAGGUGCAGUCAGGUCCCUGCCCUCAGUGGGGGCCCUGCAACCUCCGUGCCUGGCUCCAGGGUGGGCAGGAGCCAGCUGGGGGCUCAGAGACAGAAGCCAACACUAAAGCAGAUGUUUAACUCUAA